CCAGCACCCCUUCCCGCGUCUCCCGGCCCUGGGGCCCAGAUCCUGACGUCGUCUGACCCGCCUGCCGAGGCUGUCCCGAAAGAGUGCACGGAUCGUCGGCUAGAGGGGCACGCCUGUACCCUCCGGGCAGCCCCCAACAUCGGCCGGCGUCAGGCUGCUUGAGUCAGGGGCGUGGGAAUCAGGCAGACCCAGUGUCAGAUGCCACCCUGUCCUGUUGGUUCUGUGAUUUAUGCUCACCAAGCUCCAAGUCCUGAACGACCAUUCAAUGUGGCCCUGAAACUGGGCCAUCUCCAGAGUGGAUGCUACAACAUGACCUAACCCCUGGAGACUUGAAGGACCUCCGAGUGGAAACUGUUAAAACAAAUGUUGCAACAGGGGACUAUUCAAUUUUGAUGAAUAUAAGCUGGGUACUCCGGGCAGAUGCCAGCAUCCGCUUGUUGAAGGCCACCAAGAUAUGUGUGACAGGAAAAAGCAACUUCCAGUCCCACAGCUGUGUGAGGUGCAAUUACACAGAGGCCUUCCAGACUCAGACCAGACCCUCUGGCGGCAAAUGGACGUUUUCCUACAUAGGCUUUCCUGUGGAGCUGAACACAGUCUAUUUCAUUGGAGCCCAUAAUAUUCCUAAUGCAAAUAUGAAUGAAGAUGGCCCUACCAUGUCUGUGAAUUUCACCUCACCAGGCUGCCUAGACCACAUAAUGAAAUAUAAAAAGAAGUGUGUCACGGCCGGAAGCCUGUGGGCUCCGAACAUCACUGCUUGUAAGAAGAAUGAGACGGUAGAAGUGAACUUCACAACCAGUCCCCUUGGAAACAGAUACAUGGCUCUUAUCCAACACAGCACCGUCAUUGGGUUUUCUCAGGUGUUAGAGCCAUACCAGAACAAACAAAUGCGAGCCUCAGUGGUGAUUCCAGUGACCGGGGAAAGUGAAGGUGCUGUGGUGCAGCUGACUCCGUAUUUUCCUACUUGUGGCACCGACUGCAUCCGACACAAAGGAAAGGUGGUGCUCUGCCCACAGACAGGCGUCCCUUUCCCUCUGGAUAACAACAGAAGCAACUUGGGAGGCUGGCUGCCUCUCCUCCUGCCAUCUUUGCUGGUGGCCACGUGGGUGCUGGCGGCAGGGAUCUAUCUAAUGUGGAGGCACGAAAGGAUCAAGAAGACUUCCUUUUCCACCACCACACUACUGCCCCCCAUUAAGGUUCUUGUGGUUUACCCAUCUGAAAUAUGUUUCCAUCACACAGUUUGUCACUUCACUGAGUUUCUUCAAAACCAGUGCAGAAGUGAGGUCAUCCUUGAAAAGUGGCAGAAAAAGAAAAUAGCAGAGAUGGGUCCAGUGCAGUGGCUUGCCGCUCAAAAGGCGGCAGUGGACAAAGUCAUCUUCCUUCUUUCCAAUGAGGUCAACAGUGUGUGUGAUGGUACCUGUGACAAGAGUGAGGGCAGCCCCAGUGAAAACUCUCAAGACCUCUUCCCCCUUGCCUUUAACCUUUUCUGCAGUGAUCUAAGAAGCCAGACUCAUCUGCACAAAUAUGUGGUGGUCUACUUUUCAGAGACUGAUACCAAAGACGAUUAUGAUGCUCUCAGUGUCUGCCCCAAGUACCACCUCAUGAAGGAUACCACUGCUUUCUGUGCAGAACUUCUCCAUGUCAAGCAGCAGGUAUCAGCGGGAAAAAGAUCACAAGCCUGCCACAAUGGCUGCUGCUCCUUGUAGUGUGUGUACCCAUGAGAAGCAAGAGACCUUAAAAGCUUCCUAUCCCACCAAUUACAGGGAAAACAAAGUGUCUGUGAUGAUCCUGAAGCUUACUCUACAGCCUACAAAUAGCCUUAGUAAUUAAAACAUUUUAUGGCUGGGUGCGGUGGCUCAAGCCUGUAAUCCCAGCACUUUGGGAGGCCGACGGGUGGAUCACGAGGUCAAGAGAUCAAGACCAUCCUGGUCAACAUGGGGAAACCUGGUCUCUACUAAAAAAAAAUACAAAAAAUUAGCUGGGCAUGGUGGCGCGUGCCUGUAAUCCCAGCUACUCAGGAGGCUGAGGCAGGAGAAUUGCCUGAACCCAGGAGGCGGAGGUUGCGGUGAGCUGAGAUCAUGCCAUUGCACUCCAGCCUGGGUAACGAGCGAAACUCCGGCUCAAAAAAAAAAAAAAAACAUUUUAUGCCAAUAAAAUUGUUUCAAAUAUUGCUAACUAGCAUUAACUAAAGAAUUGACUAGUAGCAAUUCUUAUGCUAAUUGACUAGUAGCUUUAACUAAAGAAUUGAAACUACAUUUACAACUUCAAAGCUAAAUCAAUUUUAUACAUAGAAAUCAAUUACAAUUAUAAUUGAAAACUAUAACCAUUUUGAUAAUGAAGCAAUAAAGUAUCUUCCAGCCAAACAUCUCCUUUUGCAUUGUCCAUGCAUUCUAGUAGGAUUAUGCAGUGGUUGCAUGAGGCUACCUGCUGAUGAGACCCACAGGCCUUCUUAAAUGAAGGGCCUCACCACAUGAGAACCUUCAAUUGCAACGCAGUAGACAGAACUGUUUAACUAUUCUAUGUUUAAUUCAUGAAUACUAAAUCUAAGAACACCUCAUUGAUUCACUCAAUAGCAUCUUAGGUGAAAAACCUGUUACAUGCAAAAAAAAAAAUCAUUGUUUUUAAGAUAACGAAAGUGGGGAAUACACAAUCUUUACCUUUGGAAAUCUGGACUUGAAUGGGUCCAAUUUUUUUUUUUCUGUAAUCCAACAGAAAAUGAAAAAAAAAAAACAAAAACAACCAAAA